AAGGAAGAAAUAGUGUAGCACGGGGCAGCGGCUUUUGGGGCAAGCAAGCAUCAGCUCAACAUGAGUAGUACUAGUUGAGAAAGCUUGUUUCUCUCUCUCUCUCUCUCUCUCUCUCUCUGGAGAAUCGGUUUUGGAUUAGAUGGCGUUGUACAAACGUGCUUUUGAUUUGGGUUCAAAAUCUCGCUUCACCGUCGCUUCUUUAUUCCAUUCUUCUACUUCUACUUCUACUUCUACUAGCACUAGACAUGUUUCACAGGCCGUCGAUUCCAACGUUAAACGCGCAUUCCUCGUCGACACACUUGCACUCGUGCGGAAUUUAGAGACGAACGGGCUUCCUCCAAAACAAGCGGAGGCGAUAACUUGGGCAAUCACUGAAGUUCUCAAUGAUAGCUUGGAAAAUGUUGCUCAAUCUUUCGUUACUAAAUCCGAUAUGCAAAAAUCUGAAAUGAUGCAAGAAUCUAAUCUCUCUAAGUUCAAAUCUGAAGUCAAAACUUCUCAGGAGCAUCAUUUUUCUUUGUUGCAACGCGAGACUGAAAAGCUUCGUAAUGACAUAGAUAAGAUGAGGACUGAAUUGAGGUAUGAGAUUGACAAAGUCACUGCUGGGCAACGAUUGGACUUGAAUCUUGAAAGAAGACGCAUUCAGGAUGAGCUUGCUACUCAAAAUACUGAAACCACCAAUCUGACAAACAAACUUGAUCGGGAAAUCCAUGCAUUGAGAGCCCAGUUAGAAGCUGCAAAGUACGAUGUGAUCAAAUACUGCAUAGGUACCCUUGUCUCCAUAUCUGCAGUGGGUCUCACCGUGAUCUGCAUCAUAUUAUAGUCUCCCAUGAAAUCAGAGGUGAAUUGUGUUAUGAUCUCAAUUUACAAUUUUUUUUGGCAUUUCGGAAAUCAAAGGAGCGCCAUUGUUUUCCAUUGGUACCAGACCUGCAGUUUCAUUUGUAACAUUUUUGGGUAAACUAAAUGUGUAGUACCCCUGGCCCUCAUUAAACAUGUUAAAAUUGAUUGUAUUUGGUAGUUGGGAUUGAAUUGUACCAAUCAGAAAGUAGAUAGAAUUAGUUUUCAGAAAGAAAAAAAAAAGUAGAUAGAAUUAUUAUUUACGGAUUAGAAGAUUAAUUGAAUAAAUUGAAACAUCGUUGUUAUUAAUGGAAUGUUAGGAUGAAUUACUUGUUGAAAGCAUUUUUUUA